AUGGCACUCAGAGAAAAUGCGAGCAAAUCCACAAUAUACGUUGGUGGCCUGGAUGAUCAAGUAAACGAACAGAUACUUCACGCAUCCUUUAUUCCAUUUGGCGACAUUGUUGAAAUACAAAUACCUCCCGAUCCUGCGUCACACAAUCAACACCGUGGAUUUGGUUUUGUGGAAUUCGAAGAACCGGCAGAUGCACAAGCAGCUAUUGACAACAUGCACUUGUCGGAAUUGUACGGGAAAGUUAUAAAAGUUAAUUUAGCGAGGCCGAUGAAGAUGAAGGAGGGAAGCAUGCGGGCUGUCUGGUCGGACGACGCUUGGCUACAAAAAUAUGCUCUCAGGUCUAUCGACGGUAAUGAAUCAGUUUCUGAUGAAGACUCAUCAGAGAUUCAACCUUCUGUAUCACGCACAGAGACAACAGAAAAAAUGGACCUUCAGUAG